CAUUGCAAGCUUUUAGAGAGUUUGGUAGUCCGUGUUGAAACGUUGAAACUGCCGAUAUUUCAACGAAAUUUACGAACAUUUUAUAAAAUAAAAAAUUUUAAUAUCGUUCGUUGUUAUUUUCUUCAGUUAACGGUUUUUUCACGUGAUUUGCAGAGUGUUUUAAGAAAUUUCAAUACUAUUAAGAGGAAUACAUUAAAAUCUUCAUCCAACUUCUCUGGAUUUUGGCUAGACUUUUAAAGUGUUCAUUUUUUUCUCUUUAAUUUAAUGGUGAUUUAUGCAAAGAUUAGACGGAAUUGAGAGUUCUGUGUUGUGCACAAGGAUUUAAACGAAUGCGCUAAGGAGAUUAGUGGCAGUACUUAUUAAAAUGUUUGUUUUUGUAAUGGUUUAAUUGUUUUAAGUGAUUUAUGGAGUGAUUAUUUCACGGUCAUUUACUUGGAUUACUUAGUUUAAACAUGGAUAUUUUUCUCUGCAAAAUGUUUUACCUUGUAAUUGUUAUAAUAGCAGGCCAAGUAAAUGCUCAACAACAAUAUUUUCGGGUCUUGCCUAAGGACGUUAUAGUACACGAAGGAGGCGAAGCUAUGCUGGAGUGCGAAGUUGCUAAUUUAGCCGGUCAAGUUCAAUGGACCAAAGAUGGAUUUGCUUUAGGUUUUUUGGCUGUAAUUCCCGGAUUCCCUCGUUACUCUGUGAUAGGGGACAGAAGACAUGGAGUUUACAAUCUGAGAGUGAGCAACGCUUCCCUAGAGGAUGACGCCGAGUACCAGUGCCAGGUGGGACCGGCGCGACUUCAAAAGGCUAUCAGAGCCAACGCCAGACUCAACGUUAUUUCCCCUCCAUCGUCGGUAGAGAUAUUAGAUCAUGCUCCAAAUUCGAAAAUUGAGAUAAAAGAAAAUCAAGAAUUUGCUUUGGAAUGUAGGGUUAAGAAUGCAAAACCUGCAGCCAAAAUUGUUUGGUACAGAGGCAAUGUGGAGAUCAAUAUACCGAGUCGUGAAGACCAAGUCAUCGAGGUAUUGGCGCAGAACAAAGACAAACGUGUAACGCGAUACGAUACUCAUUCAAGAAUAACUCUUAAACCAACAGCUGAAGAUGAUUUUGCAGAAUACACUUGUGAAGCUAGACAUGAAGCAUUAUCGCAAGAUAUUCCCUUCAGAACAACUGUUCAACUUAGCGUUCUAUAUCCACCAGCUAUGCCCUACAUCGAGGGAUAUGGCGAAGGGGAGACAGUUCGAAGGGGGCAAACUGUUGGACUCGUAUGUAGAUGCAGAGGUGGAAACCCUCCAGCUCAACUCAUUUGGUACAAAAAUGGAGAACAGAUUAGAAUGGCUUAUAGGACAUCAGGAAGGAUAUCAGAAAAUAUUUAUUCAUUUACUGCUGAUGCCAGUGAUAAUAAGGCCAAAUAUAAAUGUGAAGCCAGCAAUAUAAUGUCAAAAUCACCAUUGAAGGCAGAAGUUCAAAUGACAGUUUUAUUUUCUCCAGAUCAUGUUACUAUAUCCGGGCCUACAGAAGCAAGAGUAGGUGAUCCGGUACCAUUAACUUGUACCACAGCCAAUUCCAAUCCGUCUGCAGAAAUUAAGUGGGUAGUAAAUGGAAGAAAUAUUCGUAACGCUACAUCAAGACAAAUUAUUUCACCAGAAGGCGGAUGGAUCACUACUUCUAAUAUUACUGUUGUUAUUGAACCACAUCGGAAGUUUUUAUUGGUAAAUUGUCAAGCUUUCAAUAUGCAACUUACGGAAAAUGUCGGAUCUACUCAUCAUGUUAAUGUUUUAUAUCCACCUGGUCACCCAAUAAUCCAAGGUUUCACAAAAGAUUCACAUAUCCCAGCUGGUACAAUCCAAAAGAUUUCGUGUACUUCCUCUGGAGGAAACCCAUUAGCUACGAUCACGUGGUAUAAAAACGAUAAGAAAAUUCAUUCCACUGUACGAACGAGUGAUAAAAUUACAACAGCAGAAAUCACUAUCUUGACAAAUAUCACUGAUAACGGAGCCGUGUACAAAUGUGAAGCCGCCAAUUCUGCAACUGAAAUACCUUUGAUUGAAACUUUGAAUAUGAGUGUAUAUUUUCCCCCCGAUCACGUCAGAAUUCGGCAGGAACCGGAAGAACUUAAGCCCAACGAAGAAGGAACAUUGAUCUGUGAUUCAAGCUCCAGUAAUCCACCUGCAAAGUUAUCUUGGUGGAAACAAGGCAUUCCCGUACUUGGUUUGAUGAAUACUACUAAACCUGGACUACAUGGUGGUACGGUAUCUACCAUUGAAAUGAAAAUUAAUGUAACCGAACAAAUGAAUGGUAUAGUGUAUACUUGUCAAGCGAACAACGAAGCUCUAUCUCGAUCCGUACAUGAUGCUAUAACUCUUCAGGUGUUGUAUGAACCAGUGUUUGAUCCAAACAACGAAGUCACUGUUACUGGCAUUGAAAACGAACCACUCAUAAUAUAUUUAAAAGCUGAUGGCAAUCCUGCUAAUAUUGCAUACACUUGGACUAAAGAUGGUUUACCAAUAACUCCACAAAGUUCUGCGAAUGGAAUCGAGAGGAUUGUUUCAGAGGGACAUGUUCUAAAUAUAACCAAAUUGAGUAGGAAUGAUGCUGGAACGUAUAUGUGUGAAGCUUUGAAUUCUCAAGGAAGUACCAUCACCACUGUAAAUGUUACUGUUCAAUAUUCUGCAUCAAUAAUUCAAACUAGUGGAAACGUUAUUGCUGAACCAAAAGAAGAUGCGACACUUUCCUGUUCUGCUGAUGGUAACCCUCUUGCUGAUGACACAAUUACGUGGAAAAGGGACGAUUUUCCCGAUUUUGCAGCUAGAACAUCCGUAAUGUACGAUAAGAACGGAACAUCUUACCUCCGAAUAGCAAGUGUUACCAGAGAAGACCUCGGUAAUUUCAUUUGUACUGUUAACAAUGGAGUUGGAAACUCUUCCUCCAAAGAAGUUAUGUUGAUUGUUAAACAUAAACCCGAAAUUGACACUAAUCCUCAAUUCAUCAAAUUCGCCAGUGAUGCAGGUGAAACUGGAAAAUUAAUUUGUAGAAGUCAUGCGUCGCCAUUGGCGAGAUAUACUUGGGCCAGAAAUGGAUCACCCAUCAAUCCAAAUACAACUGGAAAGUAUUAUACUACUUAUACACAGAUCGAUCAACUAGUAUCUGAAUCAACCCUAUACAUCACGCACGUAACUUCCGCUGACUACGGUAACUACGAAUGCGUAGCUCGAAAUGAAAUAAGUUUUUCUACAAAAUCAUUACGCCUAGAAGUAACUUCUGCACCUGAUACUCCCACUCUUUUAACUGUGCUUAAUGUAACACAUGAUAGCGUCACUUUAGGCUGGACUCCUGGAUUCGAUGGUGGCAUGAAGGCUUCUUAUAGAAUACGGUAUAGGAAAGUUGAUGACGAAGGAUAUAAAUAUGAAGAUGUCGUUGGCGAUAACGUCACCACUCACGUGGUUAAAGAUUUGGAUAUCAACACACAAUAUGUGUUCUCGAUAAUGGCGUCUAACAAAUUAGGUAGCAGCAAGUUUAUACCAGAUUUAUUAUCAGCAAAGACGUCAGUAUUUGUUGGAAAUGAAGAAGCUCAGAAAGUCAUUCCUGAGGAUAUUUUAGAAAAACAAGAUUUACCUAGAAUAGUCAUAAUCAGCGUGUCCGUCAUAGGCGUUAUUCUUUUGUUUAUUAAUAUUGCCUUGGUUACUGGUUGUAUGUUAAAAAGGAGAGCUAAAAGAAUUAGAGAACAAAAUAACCAAACUAGCAAAUCAGCAACAAUUGAAAUGUAUGCCCCCAGUAGUUACAACGAUACCGUGACAGGAGAGACACUGUCAUCAGUUAGCGAGAAGAGUGAAACCUACAGUAACGAGGAAAUUAAUCACGAAUAUUUAGAUGAUAACCGAAAGCCAACAAGCAAUUCAUACUUGAUUGAGCAUCAACCGGAUUACCCAGGUGCGUAUCCUACAUACGAAAUGCAAAUGCCAGCUCAGACCGGCAUCAACAUGGCCCACAAGACUCACACCCUGCCCCAUCCCCAUCACCAUCAUCAUCACCCCGCGCAUGAUCAGAGACCGAGGGCCAGGGAUGACCAAAGUCUAGUUUACCAUGGUGGCAUGUCAGGUAAAUCAUUCGUCGCUGCACCAUCGCCAGCUCCACCAGCAGACGGUUCCUACUUCAAUAUGUCCGAUCGUUACUUAUCGUAUCCUCCACCAUUAGACUUUCAAACUCCGCCUCCCAUACCAGCUCAUCCACACCUGACGCAUACACACGCGCCGAUGACUCCACCACUUCCAUCUAACGGCUCACUUUUACGUCAUGCAAGAGCUGUGCCACCCCCAGAUGUAUUGCAUAAUACCAAUACAAACAACCAAAUACUCCAAGCUCAAAGUUUGUCUCAAAAACGCGAGCUCACAAGUUUCGGUAACGGUUAUGGUGUCAACGAACAGGAAGGACAUCUUGUUUGAGACCAGGGGGAAAUUUUGUACGUUUUGUAAAGUGCGUUGGGGUGUGUUUGUCCAAUACUUUUAUAUUUAAAAAAAUACGAGAAAAGACUGUUGUGUAAAUAUUUUAAAUGAACUCGAUGAAUACUUAAUUGUGAUUUUAAUUAAUAUCAUUGCAAUACUGUGUAAAGGACAAUGUUCAUGCAGGUAGAAAAUAUUCAGGUUUUAUAUAUUGAUAAGAAUCAAUGAUUAUUUUGUUUUAUGUUUUACGUUGAUUUAACUUUCUCCUUAUUAGGAGGAGUUCAAACAGUUCAAUUUAGCUUUUUCUAUAAAAUGCCUUUUACGUGGUCAGUUCAGUUUUCAUUUCCGUCUCCGUUUCAGUCGAAAUGUCAGUUCAAAAGUUUUGAGGUCCUUUUACAUAGUCAAAUCAGUUCUCAGUUCAGUCUCAGCCCGUUUUACAAUGUUGGCUGUCAUAAGUCGGGCUUUAAGUUCUGUCCUCCACCAAGCAGUAGAUAUUUCUUCCAUAACAUCAACUCCUUUUUGUGCUUUUGUGUUUUGUGCAUUUAAUUUUUUCGUCUAGUAAAUAUUUCAAUUAUGUAAAAAACUUAAUAGACUCUUCAUAAUUUUUUUGUUGUGUUAAUAUUGAAGAUUUUUGAACCGAGACCUGCAGGUAAUGCUGUUCAAUCUACCAUCUUACCAUAUUAUAAAAAGACUCAUUUAUAUUCCUGAUUGUUUGGUGAAUGUUUGUUCGUUCAUUCCGCUAUUGAGACUAAGUCAUCCUCGAAUGCGAAUAACUUCCUCUGCCGUCAAAUUAAACAUUUUAUUCGUAUAAAUAUUGAAUCGUACUGAUGGACUUAAUGCUGAGACCUCUACAUAUUUCCGUUGGUCUUUUUUUUAUUGCAAAAUUCGCAUCAACCCUAUACUGGUUAUUAGAGAUUCAGUUUUUUCUAACCGGAAAAAUUGAAUGUUUUAUCUACAGAUAUAUGUUAAAUUAAGUUUAUGAUCGAGAUCCUAAAAUUCAACAUAUUGUUCCGAGUGGUAGAUUUGAUGAUGAUAUUUUUGAGUUGAAAGAUGGACAUUCUGCGAUUAUGUGUUUACAAUUGUAGUUACUAUCUCUACUUACAGCUUCCUUAGAGGCCAGGUCUGCCUCUUCGUUUCCUUUUAAUGCAGUUACUGCCUGAUUUUGAUUGCUAAGGAAUUUGUGGUGUGAAUUUUUUGAAGAGUGUGGAUGGAGUUAAGAGAAUAUGUGACUAUGUGGUUCGUUUGAUGAAGCGGCGAUGUGUGUAGUUCGAUAUAUUGCAUCAGUGAAAGUGGAUGGGGUUGGAGGAGCUCUUAGUAUAUGUUUGGAGGUUGGGUGUAAUGAUAGGGAUACCCGUACCGUCUUGAGAUUUCGAUGGGUAAAUGUGUUCAAAGUUUUUAUACUCACUGAGUAUGUUAUUGGUGUGGUGUUUGUUGAAUGAGAUGAGGUGGGUAAAGAACUUGAUGCUUUCUAUUGUCCAUGAUGGAGUCUGAGAAGAUUCGAUAGGAAGGCAUGCAGGAAUGAUAUGAUCUAAUACGAGCAUAGAAAGGUUUGGGGUUUUCUGGGUUUAUUUGAAAAAAGAUCUGGAUAUUCCUUGGAGAAGUAAUUUUGGAGGAUAGGAUUGGAAUGAUCCGUAGGUCUUGAUAGUCUUGCUAGAGCUUGUUUAUUAAAUCGAUAGUUUUUGUGGUAUUUUUAGCUUUGCCAGUUUAUAUAAUAGGAUAGAUCACAUUAUCGUAGGCUGCUUUGAUAUCAAGAUAAACAGCUGAGGAAUAGCUAAUAAUUUCUUAUUUUUUUUUAAAUGAAGCUUUUCCAGUUUUUAGUACAUCCCGUCUGAGUUUGGAUUUUCUUUCAGUUUUUAUCUUUUCACACCUAGGAAAAACUAACAGUUUGACUGAUGCUGAAAAUGAACUGAGGAAUACUAAGACCGUUAUUUUUACAUGAAAGUUCAGUUGUUCGUUUUAGUGAUUCAUUUCUCGACGUUCGGAUCCUUCUUAUCUCAUAAGCAAGGGUUUGAUUUGUACAUGUGUUGUUUCAACAUAGUUUAAUAUUAAUACUGACAUCUCUUCAGUUUUCUCUUUUCUUUUUCCUAUCAGUUUCUACUUUUUACACAUUUGAUAGUGCGACAGAUACUGAGAUGGAAAUGAAAACUGAAAUGACUGUGUGAAAGUCCCUUUAUAUAUCUAAAGAAUAGAAAAGUGGCACAGAAACCUUCAUGAGGAAAAUUAUUAGCUAAAAUGCGUUGAAAGGAAACUUGACAACCUUCAGUUGCAAUGCAUUUUUCUUGGUGGUCGUUAAAGUUCAUCAUUGCUCUUUGCAUCCUAUUGUUAGGAAUUGUGUACUUGAUAUACUUUAGAUUCCUUGUACCUUCGAAGAAAGAAAUCACAAGGAAACAUCAUAAAUUCAUGAAAUAACUCAAAGUCGUUCGUAAAAAGUCCUGUUGAAACCAGUUUAUUGCAGCUAAUAACUUUCUGUAGUAGGCUAUAGAUUGGAAAAGCAAGAAACCCAAAAACACGUACCACGUGAUAAAUCUUUAGUUUGACUACCUGUUAUUAUAAUGGAAAUGUAUACUGGUUGUCACCUUACUGAAUAGAACAAUAAAUUUAGGAAAUUUUGAGACAUCAAAAUUGACAUUUUGUGUGCUGUUCAAAUUUGGUAACUACCUGUGUUUAUUAACUGUGACGAGUGUUGCCAUACCAUUAUGGUUGCCAUUGCCUAAAGUUUACCACUGAAGGAAAGUGGUUGGGUUGUUAUAUGAAUAAUUCACUACUUAAUGCAUUAAGUGAUAUUACUUAUUAAAGAAUAUUUACUCCUUUGUUUUUGAGGCUAAUGAAGUAUUUUCUAAAUGCAUGAAAUAUUUACUUAAUUUCUAAUAGCCCACGGUGAAAUUAACGAAUUAGGGUCGAAUAUGCCUCAAAGGAUAUAGACUGAUGGAUUUUGACUUUUUAAUCACCAAUAAAAGUAGAAUGAUAUUCAAUAUUGAAAUAAAGAAAAACAAGUUUUGGUCCUUUGAGUGAAAAAUCCCUAACUAUUUCGGUCGAAACCGAAAAUGUAAUGCUAACUGAUAAUCAGUUGUUAAUAAAUCUGACUAAUGUGAUCUAAACAAUAUUAUUAUUCAAACCAUCCCACCAAUCGGUUGUGAAAAUUAUUUUUAUUAAAAUGAGUGAAAAAUUUCAUUUAAUUCUAUAAUAAUUUUUUACAAUACUUGAACUGCCACUUUUUUUUAUUUUUCUAAUAAAUGUAAUGGUUUAUAUAUGCGUUACAAAGUUUAUUUCAACAUCUUCUUUUCUAGCUUUCAGUUAAUAAAUCACUCUAUCUCCUAGUUUAUAGCCUUAUAUUUUCCAUAAUAUUAUAUUGUAACAAAAACUAUAGAUUGCACCUUUUUACUUAAUUAUUUAUUAAACAAGAUUUCCACUUAAAAACUUAUGCUCGACAUUUCAUUUCAUUCACAAAAAAAAAUAGUGUUGGAGGAAAAUUCUUUGGCAAAACUGACUCAAUAUACACUACCCGUCAAAAGCUUUUGCUUACCCUAUAGUUUGCUUUAUAUUUAACAAAUAAAAACAAUACGAUAAAAAAUAUAUAGAUAUGAAUAUAGUAAUAAGAAAACCACAGUCUGUAGAAGUUACAUAUUCAAUUUUUUAUUCAUCGAUCAAACUUACUUUUGCUUUUAUUAUGUCAGUGAACAAAUUCGACAAAUUUUCAGUACAUUAUUCCUUUCCAAUUCUUUCAAAUACUCUUUGCUCAGUUUGGAGGAAUAUUUAGGAUCGUUGUCAUGCUUGAAGAUAAAUUUUUUUGCACUGGCGAGGACGGUACUACAUUUUCUAUCUAUCUAAUAUUCGUUCCUCCUUUGACCUGAGCACCAAACAUUUUCCUGUUAGACCUAAAAACCUGUAAUUUCGACUCAUCACUACAUAAAAUACUUUGCCACUCUUGAUGCCUCCAAUUUUUUUGACAUCUCAAGAGAAGUUUCUUCACUGAGACCCUUCCAAAAAAGCCAAUCUACUUUACUGUGUAGAAGUACUCAAAUGCCACUAUUAUUUUUGAUUUGUUAUACACCGAUCUUCGCUUGACAGUGUGUAUUCUUUUGAAAUCUAAUGACUGGAUUAUGGGGUAGCCGAAAACGUUUGACCUGUAGUGUACUUUCAAGAGAAAUUGAAUGAUCAAUCAUCAAUCUAGCUGAAGUCUCCGCUACUGAAUUUGGUUUCCUCUAAAGCUCUUCAUGUCUGUCCAUAACUACUCAUUGAUUUUCAAUAUUUUGAAUACAUAUUCUAUUAGUGUGAAUUUGUUGGCAUAGCAGCCGUAGCAAAUCAAGAUUAAAAUUAAAGACAUUUUUCUAUUAACGCCUACCCAGAUAAUCAAGAUUUUUUCUUCCUACUAUAUACCCAGAUCGAAACGGAAAUUGUUCAUCUACUUGAAAUCACAUAAAUCAUUUAACAGAAAUGUGCGGUAAAUGAGUUGAGAAAGACAGAGAAACAGAGAGACAGACAGACAGAGAUACGGAGAGACAGACAGAGAUAUAGAGACAGAGACAGACAGACAGAGGGACAGUGAGACGGAGAGACAGACAGACAAACAGACAGAAAUAUAGAGAGAAAACAGACAGAGUUACGGAGAGACAGAAACACAGAGAGGCAGUUAUAUAGAGAGACAGAGAGAGAAAUAAAGGGAAAAAGAGAGAAAGAGAGAGAGAAAAGCUUUACAGAAUCAUGCCAGUUUAUGGUAGAUUGUAGAACUCUGCCCUUUGUCGAUCUCUGGAAGUUAUUAAAUGUAUUGGUCAUUUUUAAAACUGAUGGUAAUUGAAUUUUUUACCAUGUCUUCACCAUGUAGAAUUUAAGUAUUCAAACAUUUUUAUGCAUAUGGUGCCUAUUACACUUCACGUAUUUUUAUAUUUAUUUUCAUAGGCUAGUUCAGGUAUCAAAUAAUUGUUUAGUUAUAUAAUUUUCACAAGCUCUUUGUCGGAUUAUUUUGUUAACAUUAGGAAAUAUUGUUUUUUGUAUAUUCUAAAUCUAACUCAAUUUUUAAUUUAUGUAUAUAUUUGAAUCUCAUUCAAUGGAAAAAUAUUAAUUUACUAGUCGAAAUGAUCAACCAAAGUGUUUUUAAAUCUUGUAUAAAUUUCUUUCCUAGCGGAUUUUCUUUUGUAUAUUUUUUCUUUAAUAUUGUUUUAUAUGAGCUCAUGUGUUUAAAUUCUUAGUUUUGUUAAUUUUUUGUACAUUUUCAUCAUUUCUUAAUAUUAUCUUAUUUUUUUAGGAAUAAAUAUAGUUUUGUUUAUUAA